GUGGGGGAGUAUUUGAUGGAGGGGGUUUCGGAGGUGUCGCGAGGAAAAUGUUGUGAGAGGAUGGCUCCAAUGGCGAAUUCGGAUGCGUCAAUGGUCACGUAGAAAUGUCGAGAGGGGUCGACGAUCUUGAGGAUGGGGGCCGUGGUGAUGGUUUGUUUGAGGAAGUCGAAGGCGUUUUGGUGGCGGUCGUUCCAAUUGAAGAGCUCGUCCUUGCGUAUGAGUUCGUGAAGUGGGUAAGAGAUGUCGGAGAAGCUGCGGAUGAAGGGACGGUAUUCUACGUUAGAGGCAGCAAAGGUGCAUUUGCUGAGCUUGGCGUAAAAUUUUUGCUCUCUGAGGAUGGAGAGGACUUCGCGAAGGUGCUGAAGGUGAGACUCGAAGGUGGGGCUAUAGACAAGGGCAUCAUCAAGGUAGACGGCGACACAUACUUCGAGGAGGUCGAUGAAGAUGUGAUUCAUGAUGGAUUGGAAUGUGGCCGGGGCGUUGGUGGGGUGGGGUGGGUGGAAGUGAUAGUAAAUGGAGUCGAGACAGGUUUUGACUGGGGCAGAACGGUCGAUGACUCUGUGACGGCGGGGGUUGUCGUUGUGGGUGGUGGGGUGACCAUGGUGGAGGUGGUGGUGGAUGAAGGCGGGGGUGUGGAAGACGUACUAGCAGAGAGGGCGGUGGAUGCGGAGGCGGAGGAUGGAGGAAGGGUGGUGGCACCCGAGAUGGUGGAGAUAGAUGUUUUAAUGUCGGCGAUGGAUGAGUGGAUGGAUGUCACCAUGCGGAGGAGUGUCGCGAGAUCAAUGGCAGCAUCGGGUGUUGGUGUUUGCCCGCCUGCAAGGUUGCGGGCGAUGUCGUCGACGGAGUCGGUGCGGAUGUCGGACAUAUCAAUGCUGGAUGAUUGGGCCAUGGUGGGGGAGGAAGCGAUGGUAGCGGCGGCUGAGGAGUUAGCAGCAGAUGAGGUGGAGGCGGCGGCAGCAGAGGCCGCAUCGGCCGCUGCGCGUUGAGAGUUCGUGGUUGUGCGUGUCAUGCCCGGGGGGCAGUUCCUCUUUACAAGGGUAGGGUAACAUCAAUUGAUUUAGCGAUGAAGGUGAAAAACUAAUUUGAAUUUAUUAGAAAUUAAUUUUGAAUAAACUAAUUUCAAGGGUAGGGUAACAUCAAUUAAUUUUGAAUAAACUAGUUUGAAUUUA